AUGUGCACAAGUUCUGUCAAGUUUGACGUGAAACAGCAAACGGCGCCCAGGCUCCGUGCCCACGACAUGACAGCACCAUGUCUCCCUACCUCUCCACCAACUCACACUGCUAAGCUGCAUGCCCUGGCCAUGCCACCUCCACACCAGCCAGGAGCCUCCUUAUUUCCUAUAAUUACAGAGAACUACAAGAAAUCCUACUGGGGCACAACCAAGCCAUGGUCAGUCAGCCCCACCGUGUUCUUCGAUAUGGCAGCCGAUGGCGAGCCCUUGGGCCGUGUCUCCUUCGAGCUCUUUGCAGACAAAGUUCCAAAGACAGCAGAAAACUUUCAUGCUCUGAGCACUGGAGAGAAAGGAUUUGGAUGUAGGGGUUCUUCCUUUCACAGGAUUAUUCCAGGAUUCAUGUGCCAGGGUGGUGGCUUCACACGCCAUAAUGGCACUGGCGGCAGAUCCAUCUAUGGAGAAAAAUUUGAGGAUGAGAACUUUAUCCUGAAGUAUACAGGUCCUGGCAUCUUGUCCAUGGGAAAUGCUGGACCAAACACAAACAGUUCCCAGUUUUUUAUCUGCACCACCAAGACUGAGUGGCUGGAUGGCAAACACGUGGUCUUUGGGAAGGUGAAAGAAGGCAUGAACAUUGUGGAGGCCAUGGAGUGUUUUGGGUCCAGGAAUGGCAAGACCAGCAAGAAGAUCACCAUUUUCGACUGUGGACAACUCUAAUUCUUUUGACUUGAGGGCUUCUUACCCACCAGACCAUUCCUUCUGUAGCUCAGGAAAGCACCCCAGCCCCAUCUGCUCGCAGUACCCUGUAAUCUCUGCUCUCACUGAAGUUCUUUGGGUUCCAUAUUUUCCUCAUUCCCCUUCAAGUCUAGCUGGAUUGCAGAGUUAAGUUUAUGAUUAUGAAUAAAAACUAAGUAA